CGCGAGCGGGCAGGCGGGGGUGGGGGGUCGCGGAAAGCGGGAACACAUUAUGCAAAUGUUGGAGGAAUUUCUCAAAAAGCGAUUUAGCAAAGACAUAGGCGAAUCAAGAGGAGGCGAGGCCAGUAUUGUCCGUCUGAAUAGGCGCUGAUAGCGCCAAUGCGCCAGAGGUUGUGCCGGCGCAACGCUGAGGAUCUCGAUGAGGGGCCGGUCCCGGGCGCUCCAAGAGUCUGGAGGGUUCUCUUUCCUCCUCCAAGAGGCCUCUCUUUUCUCUUUUUGGCCUCAUUUCACUCACCGAUCUCGCCCUCUUUGGCUUGGGGCUUUCCUUGGACUGGCCUUCCAAAGGCGUUUGAAUCGGUGUCAAUAUCCCCGCUUCAAUUUCCCGGCGCGCGUCGAGCGGGCGGGCGGGCGGAUGCUCCCAGCGCUCUGGGUUUUAUUUUCUCAACCACCACCACCACCACUACUACCACCACCACCCCCAUCUCCUUUUUAUUUUCUUUCUUUCUCUCUUUUCUCCUUUUUGCAUUUUGUACCGAGAGUAGGAGAAGGGAGGGGUAGAGGGAGAAAAAAAUUCGAUUUUUAAUUACUACCAUUAAAAAAUCAAAUUUGCAAUUCUUUGGGCGGCCUGAUGGAUCUCACUGAUUGACAGUUGGAAUUGACACUCUGGCUACCUCUUAUCUUGGGCAUUCACGACAAUUUCUAAUUGCAGGUGAUGGCCCAGCCAGGGUCCGGCUGCAAAGCGACCACCCGCUGUCUUGAAGGGACCGCUCCGCCUGCCAUGGCUCAGUCAGACGCCGAGGCCUUGGCAGGCGCUCUGGACAAGGACGAAGGUAGAGCCUCCCCAUGUACGCCCAGCACACCCUCUGUCUGCUCGCCGCCCUCUGCCGCCUCUUCCGUGCCGUCUGCUGGCAAGAAUAUCUGCUCCAGUUGCGGUCUCGAGAUCCUGGACCGGUAUCUGCUCAAGGUCAACAACCUCAUCUGGCACGUGCGGUGCCUCGAGUGCUCCGUGUGUCGCACAUCGCUGAGGCAGCAGAAUAGCUGCUACAUCAAGAACAAGGAGAUCUACUGCAAGAUGGACUACUUCAGCCGAUUUGGAACCAAGUGUGCCCGGUGCGGCAGACAAAUCUAUGCCAGUGACUGGGUGCGGCGCGCGCGCGGCAAUGCCUACCACCUGGCCUGCUUCGCUUGCUUUUCCUGCAAGCGCCAGCUAUCCACGGGCGAGGAAUUCGGCCUGGUUGAGGAGAAGGUGCUUUGCCGCAUCCAUUACGACACCAUGAUCGAGAACCUCAAGAGGGCCGCCGAGAACGGGAACGGUCUCACGUUGGAGGGGGCAGUGCCCUCGGAACAGGACAGUCAGCCCAAGCCAGCUAAGCGCGCGCGGACGUCCUUCACGGCAGAGCAAUUGCAGGUUAUGCAGGCUCAGUUCGCGCAGGACAACAACCCCGACGCGCAGACGCUGCAGAAGCUAGCGGACAUGACGGGCCUCAGUCGCAGGGUCAUCCAGGUGUGGUUUCAAAACUGCCGAGCGCGUCAUAAAAAGCAUACACCGCAGCACCCAGUGCCGCCCUCUGGGGCACCCCCGUCCCGCCUCCCCUCCUCCCUGUCCGACGACAUCCACUAUUCUCCGUUCAGCAGCCCAGAGCGGGCACGCAUGGUCACCUUGCACGGCUACAUCGAGAGUCAGGUACAGUGCGGGCAGGUGCACUGCCGACUGCCUUACACCGCGCCCCCUGUCCACCUCAAAGCCGACAUGGAUGGGCCGCUCUCCAGCCGGGGUGAGAAGGUCAUCCUUUUUCAGUACUAACUCUGCCGGCGCUUGCACAUCUGUCCAUGGGCACCACACAGCUGCCCCUCAGCCGCUGAGCAUCCAGCGUCCAGCUGUGGCCAGGGAUCCACCGCCUCUGGGCACACCCUCCUCACCCGCUGCCGCCCUGCCCUCUGCCAGUGGCCCCAUCAACCCAGCCCCGGUAUUUCCCUCUCCUGCUGAGAACCAGAACCCGCCAGGAGCAGCAGAGCCCUCUCUGGGAAGGCAGGCUCCCUGAAAUGUGGUAUCAGCAUGAAAACAAGCAGCCUGUCUUUCCUCAUCAUCUGGGAGUCUUGCUUAUCUGGGAGUCAGCUGAUCGCAGCAGCAACAGCUAAUUCAACAACAGCCUCCCACUUCACAGGUUUUCUUCUUCCCCCAUAUUGGCCUUCAUUUACUACUUCCUUGGAACCGUCUCUGAGUUCUGAACAGCCAAAACAACCCCCAACAUUAUAUACUCCGCUGCUUUUGUCUGGAAAACUCUACAGUGUUUGUGGGAUGUCCCCAAAGGAAAGCCGUGUUCUGAUUUUAUCAUUUCCAUCUGUCUGGUUAUGUCAAGUUAACUCAGAAAAAGAAGAGACACUGACCAACCCUGAGAGGCCCAACAGGGCAGAGAUGGAGGCCUGCCCAGAUGAAGAGGCAGAGGGAUGGGCAGGGAUGGGUGCCAAAGACCCCCCAUUGGCUUGGAGAAGGAGGACUGGGUAUGCUGGACUUGGAGAGGUGAUGAGAGUUUCAUGGAGAGAAAAGAGGAAACUUGAGGGGGGGUGUCCCCCACCUAAUUACCCAGCAGGAGUUGUGGAAAGAAUGGCGUCUGAUCGGCACGAUGACACCACUGAAUGUUUAGGUGGGCUAGCAUUAGGGACCCUUGUUGGCCACUUUUCAGUCCUGAGAUGAGGGCCUGAGCCAGUCUUCUCUGGGGGUGGGGUGAGACUACUCAUGAGGACCAAGGAACAGAGCCCAGAGAAAUAGCAGCCAUGAUAUUAGCUCGGAUUCAUCCACGAGGGGAGAGAGGUGCCCGUGGCCUCAGUGAGUGCGUGCCAAGCCCAGGAUUCCAGCUGGCACCUCGGCAGUCUCCCCACCAACUGCACAGAGCCAGCUCUACCCACUCCUGAGAGCAGAGGCCAGCUCCAAAUAAAGGUCUCAGGUUACACAGGCCCUCGAUUCAUGUUUUCAGGGGGUGCCCAUCUGCCCCGAGCUUAUCCUGUAAUUCUACAACCACUUGGUGGCCUGAUGCACUACUCACCAGAGGCUGCCUAGCAGCGUGUGUUAGCCAAAGUCUUCCUCCCUGUUUUGAGGAGACUCCAGGUCAGGAAAGGCAAAUUCCGAGUCUGUAUGCUGUCCCUCCUUCACCUGUGGCAGACAUCACUAAUCGCUAAUCGAUCACACCUCUCUCUCUCUCUCUCUCUCUCUCUCUCUCUCUCUCUCUCUCUGUCUCUCGCUCUCGCUCUCGCUCUCGCUCUCGCUCUCUCUCGCUUUCUCUCGCUCUCGGAGUCUGGAUAAGGUUUCAGAAUUCCCAAGCUUGAAGUUGGGAUGUGACCAACUGUGCUAUUGCUGAAGGACCUGGAGGAGGGUUAGGCCUGGGUGACCCCCCAGAAGGGAACUUGCAUCUUUUCCCUUCCAAAAAUUGUCAACUGACGGAGGACAGAGAGAAAGUUCCUCCCAGAAAGCUGAGAGUGUGGUUCAUUCCGGUCAGAACUCCAGCACCCUGUGCCAGGCACUGACUCAAGCAAGAGGAACCUGGCCUGAUCCCUGACUUGGGGAACCCAGAUAUUCCCUUUGAUUUAUUUUGCUCCUAAGGAUCAAAACCCCCAGUUGCAACCAUGUGGCAAGUGGCCAGCUGAGCCCAGGUUACUUGGUACCCACUCUGCCUUGAGCCUUCCCCCAGGGUCUAUUUCUUGUGUGGAUCACGUGGCAGUAGCAUGUUGCAGUUCAGACGUCUCCACUACUCUGUUCAAAACAGCCUGGGAAUGUACAGGCCAUUGAGGCUAUUUAUUUAAAUACACACACACACACACACACACACACACACACACAUGCGCACACACAAAGGGGGGAACACACACAAAUGGAAACAAUUGUAAGCACUUUUUUUUGUAAAACCAAUGUCUGUUUUGUUACAUACCUUUCAUGUUGUGCUUUGUAAAUGUCUUAUUUGUGUAAUAAAUAAAGUUAAUGCGAGUAGAAGUGCCGGCACUUAAACCCAAAAA